CUUAGUCUUCUUAUAAACCCCAUUAAUCACCUGCCAGUUACGCAACGUUGGAACAAACAAACAACAGUUCGCCAUGGCUGCUGCUCCACCAAACCCGCUGCCGGUGGCGUACCAAGCCGGCACGUCUCUGGCGGUGCCGCCGUGGCUGAACAAAGGCGACAACGCGUGGCAAAUGAUAUCCGCCACGCUCGUCGGCCUGCAAAGCGUGCCGGGGCUUGUCAUCCUCUACGGUAGCAUUGUCAAGAAGAAGUGGGCGGUGAAUUCGGCUUUCAUGGCUCUAUACGCUUUUGCCGCCGUCGUCAUCUGCUGGGUAACAUGGGCGUACAAGAUGUCGUUCGGCCACAAGCUCCUCCCCUUCUGGGGAAAAGCCGGGCCCGCGCUUGGGCAGAAGUUCCUCCUCAAAUGGGCUACGCUGCCUGAAACGACGCAGUUUUAUGGUAGCGGCGAAGUGGAGACCCCCAUGGCUACGCCGUACUACCCCAUGGCGACGAUGGUGUGGUUUCAGUGCGUGUUUGCGGCGAUUACGCUGAUAAUUUUGGCCGGGUCGCUUCUGGCGCGGAUGAACAUCAAGGCGUGGAUGAUGUUUGUGCCACUGUGGCUUACUUUCUCUUACACUGUCGGAGCCUUCAGCUUGUGGGGUGGCGGAUUCUUGUUCCAUUGGGGCGUCAUGGACUAUUCCGGUGGUUAUGUCAUUCAUCUUUCUUCCGGGAUCGCUGGAUUCACAGCAGCUUAUUGGGUUGGACCAAGAUCGAGAAAAGACAGAGAGAGAUUUCCACCAAACAACGUUAUACUGACGCUGGCAGGAGCGGGGUUGUUGUGGAUGGGAUGGGCUGGGUUCAACGGUGGAGAUCCUUACGCUGCCAACAUUGACUCAUCUAUGGCCGUCCUUAACACCAACAUAUGCGCAGCAACCAGCCUUCUAGUGUGGACAGGGCUCGACGUCAUCUUCUUCAAGAAACCCUCAGUUAUUGGCGCCGUUCAGGGCAUGAUCACCGGCCUCGUUUGCAUCACACCUGGUGCAGGUCUUGUUCAGGGAUGGGCAGCUAUCAUCAUGGGAAUUUUGUCGGGCAGUGUUCCAUGGUUCACCAUGAUGAUCGUACACAAGAAGACGAAACUGUUCCAAAAGAUUGACGACACCCUCGGCGUCUUUCACACCCACGCCGUGGCCGGCUUGCUGGGCGGAAUCCUUACAGGCCUCUUUGCAGAGCCCGAACUCUGCAAGCUAUUUUUGCCCAUCACAAGCUCCAGAGGAGGAGUGUACGGAGGAUCAGGCGGAAAGCAAAUCCUCAAACAGAUCGUGGGCGGCUUAUUCAUCAUUGGAUGGAACCUUGUGGUGACCAGUGUUAUUUGCGUUGUGAUAAAUUUGGUGAUUCCUUUACGCAUGCCGGACGAGGAAUUGUUGAUUGGAGAUGAUGCCGUUCACGGCGAGGAGGCAUACGGGCUGUGGGGUGAUGGCGAGAAGUACGAUCCCACCAAGCAUGACAUUUAUUCUGACGAUACAUUGCACCCCAGGCCAUCGAGCGGGGCUACUCAGGUGGUCUAGAGAGGAGGAUGGUGGAUAUCUUCUUCAUAUUCAUUAAACACUCGCCGCUUUUCACCUGCCGGCUGGCCACAACCCAAAAGAAGUCAAGGGCGAAAGCAAAAUGGCAAGCAGUCUGGAGAUUAAAGGGGAAGGUGAUGAUCACUUGUUUCUUGUCACUAGAGACGGAGGGAGGGGGGACCGACUAGGGCGAUGGUUCCCCCACUUCCUAAAAAAGAUAUUUUAACAAGUAAAAAAAAAAAAAAAAAUUUAUACUGAUCCCCCCCAAAAAUAAAUUGGUAGGUCUCGGUCCUCCUAACUCUCCUCCACCGGUUGGUUCUUACUUCUUAAGUUAAUCUUGGGGUUUUCUUUUGGUUAAUUUGUUCUAUUGUUUGGCUUGUAAAUUUGGUUAAGAAUAUGAAAAGUUGAUUUUUUCUUUUUUUCCUUCAUAGAUUCGCUAUCGGCUUGGAAACUUGGAAAUUCCUGUUGCUACUUGAAAAUUUCUGUGUUUUUUGUUGUUGUUAUUUUAUUUAUGUAAGU